AUGGCCAGUAAAAGCAUCAGCUUCGGCAUGGACACGAACUUGCUGUGCACAGCCUCUACUUACGACCUUCCAUUGUUAAAGCAUGCUAAGAUCGAAUCGACAUUCCUUCUAAUCCUACCACUUCCAAACCUCUACACACACAAGUACAACAUGCUCUUCUUCACAAUCAUUGCCACAGCCCUUGCUACAGCCGCCGCCGCAAACCCCUUGGACCAGCCCCUCUCAGGACAAGCUUUACAACGACGCCUGCCACAAAAUGAAGGCCAGCGAACUCCUCCAUCAAAGUACUACGGCAUCUCACUCAACAUCAACAUGAAGCCCAUCGGCGAACAGCCAGAAUACGGUCGAGCACCUGUCGAGCUGAACAUGCUCGCUCAGUAUACCAUCAAAGCCUCCGAGAUCAUCUUCGACCAAGGCGUUCACGUUAAUCUUGAACUCAGCACGGUCUUGUGCCAGGCUUACUCGGACGUCGAUGGAGUUGUGCCACUUGGGAAACCGUUCUCCGCCUCGGAAUCAUUGUAUCUGGCACAGGAGCCAGUGCAGCUUGGUUCUGUGUUGUGCUACGUUAGCGGUGAUACGUAG